UCUCUGUUGCUUUCGCUUUCCCACCACGCCAUGGCGACGCCGCGAAUCCCCUCCUCAUUCUCUGGUAUAUUCCCCCCUUUUUAUCCCCACCUAAACCCCAGAAACCCCCCACGAUGAUGGCGCAUCCGAACCUUCUCCUCCUCCUCCUCCUCCUCUCCUCGGCGGCGGCGGCGGAGCCGAUCCCGACGACCCUCGAUGGCCCCUUCCCCCCCACCACGCGGCGCUUCGACCCCUCCCUCCGCCGCGGCAGCGACGACGUCCCCCUCUCCGACCCCCGCCUCGCCAAGAAGGUGGAGUCCCCGUUCCCCGAGCAAAUCGCCCUCGCCGCUUCCUCCUCUCCCUCCUCCAUCUGGAUCUCCUGGAUCACCGGGGACGCGCAGAUCGGGUCGGAUGUGUCGCCGCUGGAUCCGUCGGCGGUGGCGAGCGAGGUGUGGUACGGCGAGGAGAGCGGGGAGUAUCCCUUGAUGGCGAAGGGGGCGGCGCUUGUUUAUAGCCAGUUGUAUCCCUACGAGGGUCUCUUGAAUUAUACCUCUGGGAUCAUUCACCAUGUGAGGAUUGAUGGCCUUCAUCCUGGAAAGAGGUAUUACUACAAAUGUGGGGAUAGCUCCUUAAAGGCUUUGAGUGAGGAACACUCGUUUGAGACAUUACCCUCACCUGCGCCGGACAUGUAUCCUCAUCGGAUCGCAGUGAUUGGUGAUCUAGGCCUUACGAGCAACUCUACAACUACAAUCGAUCACUUAGCUCAGAAUGACCCCUCAUUGAUUUUGAUGGUCGGAGACUUGACCUAUGCAAAUCAAUACUUGACAACCGGUGGGAAAGGAGCUUCUUGCUUUUCCUGUUCAUUCCCAAACGCGCCCAUUAGAGAAACUUACCAACCACGCUGGGAUGGGUGGGGAAGGUUCAUGGAACCUUUGACAUCAAAGAUUCCGAUGAUGGUGAUUGAAGGGAAUCAUGAAAUUGAGCCCCAAGCUGGUGGAGUGACAUUCAAAUCUUACCUAUCUCGAUUUUCUGUUCCCUCACAAGAAAGUGGCUCCAACAGUAGCUUCUAUUACUCCUUUAAUGCUGGUGGAGUACAUUUUAUCAUGCUGGGUGCAUAUGUUGACUAUAACCGAACAGGUGCUCAAUAUGCUUGGCUAAAAUCUGACUUGCACCAGGUUGACCGCGAAGUCACUCCCUGGGUUGUCGCAACUUGGCAUCCGCCAUGGUAUAACAGCUAUUCAUCUCACUAUCAGGAAUUUGAGUGCAUGAGACAGCAAAUGGAAGGGCUUUUGUAUCAAUAUGGUGUUGACGUAGUCUUUUCUGGUCAUGUUCAUGCAUACGAACGUAUGAACAGAGUAUUCAAUUAUACAUUGGAUCCUUGUGGGCCAGUUUACAUAACUGUAGGGGAUGGUGGAAAUAUCGAGCAAAUCGACAUUGACCACGCAGAUGAUCCUGAAAAAUGUCCUUCACAAAGUGAUAAUAUUCCAGAAUUUGGAGGGGUUUGCCACUUGAAUUUCUCAUCUGGUCCUGCUAAGGGCAAAUUUUGCUGGGAUCAGCAGCCAGAAUGGAGUGCUUUCAGAGACAGCAGUUUUGGCCAUGGAAUUCUAGAGGUUAUUAACUCGACAUAUGCCCUGUGGACAUGGCAUCGUAAUCAGGAUAUCUAUGGAGAAAACAGUACCGGAGAUCAGAUAUAUAUAGUUCGACAACCGGAUAAGUGUUCACUGCACAUUGGAAAUGUCACUUCACAUAACUGGUGAGGCAAUCAGGCUAAUUUCACCUAAGACUGCGCGCAAUCAAAUCAAUCCGAAAAACAAGCUGUUCAAAUGAGUUGCCUCUUCGCUACUCUUGUACUCGGAUCUAUCAGUAUAAUCCUCAGCUUCACCUUGCACAUCUAUUGAUUGUGGCAAUAUCUCAAAAAGUUUUUAUUACUUUCUUGUAUCAUUCGAUUUUUUUUUCCCCCUCUCAUUUUAUUGCAUCAUCUAAAUUUCAGUUUGCAGUAGAAGCGCGCCUAAGUGUCGAUAAUGUACAUUUCAUAUUUUCACCAAAUAAAUCAUGUAAUAAGAUGUGUCGAUUGAAGAUACAAAGAUUAAUUUCGAGCAA